AUGUUAUCUAAAGGUCUAGGUUUACAAAAUCCAAGCAUCGCAUUCGUCGAAGAUCAACACACAAUUUGGCUUCAUCAACGACAGCAGCAAAUCCAAGCUCAAAAUGCUGCUCUGCUACGACUGCAGCAAUUACCAGAAUUUUUACCACCAAUAGAGGAAGAAUAUUUAGAUCCAAAUGCCGAUGACGCUUUUUUGCUACCGGAAUCGGCACAACGAACUGCAAAUAUCAAGACAGGGUAA